GCAGAAUGGAGUUUUUAAAAAACCGGAUCUCACCAACUUUUUCUUCCUAAAAGCAGUAAUAUCUAUUGGUCCUUACCCAAAAAAGGAAAGUUGCAAGUGAAUAUGGUGUUUUCCGACGACCUCAUCCAUCGGAAAUGCCUCUCCGCCGCCUCUCAAACCAUGCUCUUCCUCUCCAAAGCAGCAGUAUCUCCCAUCUGAUUAACACAUGAGAGGAAGUUUUGCCCUGGAUUAGAGAGGAAAGAAGCUUCUACUCCUAAGGCUUCCCCACAAGGCUCUAAAGAACUAUCCAGAAACUACUAUACGCCAAAUGAUAAUUUUACUGCCCCUAGUAGCCAUCAUGGAGAAACAAAGAAUUAUGGCUGUUCUCAGGAAGACCUAAAUCCUCUAAAGAGGAAGUUUGAUCAUAGAGGAGCCAGAAGUACCUCUCAGAAUGAUGACAGAUCUCUCAGCCGCAAUCAUCUUCCUCCUAGAGCUCCAUUUAGACUUCCUCCUGAUCACAGAGAGAGACGGAGAUCUAGAGAACAAAACCACAACUUUUCUCAGAGAAGAAGCCACAGCGGCUCCUAUCAUCAGAAUCUCCAGUGGAGAGAAAAAUCCCCCUCCUUUGUGGGCUCCUAUCAUGAUACUUCUGACUCCCCCAGAACAAGAUGGCCUCCUUUGGAAAGAGAGGAGUCAAACCAGAAUCCACUGACCCCUCCUCCUCCACCCUUCCUUGGGUCAAACAGAGCAAAUCAAUUUGCCACUGAAGUUGCUUCCUCACCACCUGUCGUACCUACAAAAGAGCAGGUUCUGGGAGAGCUGAGAGAUGUCACAGUUCAGUAUACAACUUGUGCUGAUCCUACAGAAAGUGCGGCAAGAAAGCAACGCGUUUUACAAGGAGAAGCUAGAAAUUUAAUGAACAAUACUGCUGACCUAAUUAUUGAAGCUGCAGUGGCAUCAGCUCCUUUUGGCACCGUCUCUGAACAGCAAUCCCCAGAUGGUAUCUCUACCUCUAGACCAACCUUAAGUGAAGAUUUGCCCCCUCCACCAAAAGGAAAAGAGAAAGUAGUCAAACGAGGACGUGGAAGACCCCCACUGGUUGCUGGUGUCUCAAAAGCAAAUCUGAAACUUAAUGGAGCAAAAUCCCAGAAAAGAAACCUGGUUCAGGGCUCUCCAAAAAAAACCUCAGGCUCAAAAGUCUCAGCCAAACAAGGACUCUUCCAGGCGGGACCAAGUAAUCCCAGGACUAAUUCAGGCAACUCCUCACAUCAGAAUGAAGUUUUGACUACACCAUUGAGGAAAUCCAAAUCUUCUAAGACUGCUGCUCCAAAAAUUGCUUUGGUUCCUGCAAUGCAGAAAAAUAUGGUGGAUUUUCAGAAUCCGCCAGCCCCUCUUCCUUAAGGGUUGAAUGCUAUCAUCAAUUGGAGCAAAGCCCAACACAUAAAUAGCCAACAAGAGAUCUUAUCCCUGAGAAACCAGCUGGAAGCCAAUAUGUGUGAUGAUGAUGCUAAUCAAGCUACCAUUGAUCU